UGUAACUAUAGAGGAACUUAUAGAGUUGCGUAAGUAUCGACAGAGACCACAAGGGAUCGAAGCUGAGAAACUGUUUAAAGGUGAUCCAAGGAAAAAGAAGAAACGAGAGGAUGAUCCGUGGAAGGCAAAAACUGGUGGUCUUGUCGAUCGUGAUGCUCUAAAAAGUGAAAAAGAAGAUGAGUCCGAUUCUGAGCAGCGCAAAAUUAUGCUAGAUUCAUUCACUAAACAAACCAAUGUCCUCGAUGUUGAUAAGCAUAUGAUGGCAUAUAUAGAAGAAGAGAUGAGCAAACGAAGGGGACAGGCAUCUUUAAAGAAGGAAGAGGACGAAGAUGCGCCUCUUCCUAAUCCAGAAGAUGAACUGUUUCAGUUACCUGAGCAUUUGAAGAUUGAAACGAAGCCGAUAUCAGAAGGCAAUGUUCAGUUGUCGACGACUAUGUUGACUGCUAUACCCGAGGUUGAUCUUGGAAUAGAUGUUAGAUUAAAGAAUAUAGAAGACACCGAAAAAGCAAAAAGGAAGUUAUUGGAGCAAAGACAACAUAGAUCCUUGAAUGAAUCUGAGGAGUUUAGCGGUAUCAACCAGGCUGCUACAAAUCGAUUUUAUCGUACGCGCCCGCCAUCAAAGGAAGUCGACCGCGUUCAACCGGAUCAGUCCGAUAAAGUGACACAACAGAAGACUGGGGGAAGACGAGAAAUGGCAACAGAUGACAUAGUAGCCGAACGAUUUAAAAAGAGACUAAGACGAUAG